UUUACGAAAAGUCACGGGAACGGCAUGGAGCGAGAGGGACCUAACAGAAAAUGUCAUACCGCGUUGCCAACAGGGGGAAUGAGCAGACUUUAGAGAGAGCCAGCCGGGAUCCUCACAGUGAAGUCUGUCAAAUUCAGGUGAUUGAUAUGUUGAAGCCUGCUUGACAUUCCCAGCCUUGAUAGGUGAGUAGUUUCUAGUUUCGUGGCAGUGGGACUUGGAAACGCGUGUGCCCGGGAGUAUAUCUGAUUCGGAUUAUUAUCACCCUCAUCGUUUUUACAAAAAACAAUGACGAGGCGUAAAAGGCGCAACGCACUGAAUUGUUGCGCCUAAACCCCAGCCUGGACUACAGAGGACCAUCUCCCCGGCUUCUGCGCUACGACAGGGAACGCAGAAGAAAAAGGGCAGUUGGAGCGACAUGGAAAGCCCAACGGAGAACCCUACUAGGGCUGCGGAAUAUUUGAAGGAGCUUAAUAAAAUAAUCGAGACCCAGCAGGAGUUGCUGGAGAGGCAGAGGGGGAGGAUAGAGGAGCUGGAGCAGCAAGUGUCCGACUUAUGCUCGGAGAACGCCUGUCUGAAGGAGCAGUACCAGCGGCACCUGGCAACCUGCAGGCUGCUGCAGGGCAGCAAUAGCCUCUCCACGCUGGGAGCCAUAAAGGAGCACGCCACGCAGGAAAAAUCUGAAUGUGACUCCUCCAGAAUGGUCAGGAGACAUACAUCUCUACCAGUUGAAGUCACAGAGAAUCCCGGGAGGUUGGUUUCUGAAGGUUGCAGAAGAGUCACCCCCUGCCGCAAGUGGAAGUCUGCUUCCUUUGGUGUGGAAGGGGAUGCACGGCCCAGUGAUAGUGGCCCUACCUUGGAUGGGGGAGCCAGCUAUGGCCAGGGUCCCGUGACCCACGGCUCAGCCAUCAGCCCCGACCGAUUUGACAGCCCACUUUACAGCCACGGGGUCCAGCCUGGGCCUCAGAGGCCCCGACGACCCAAGCUCCAGCACUCACAGUCCAUCCUCCGUAAGCAGGCUGAGGAGGAGGCCAUCAAGCGGUCCCGAUCGCUCUCUGAGAGCUAUGAGCUCUCUGCUGACCUCCAGGAUAAACAGGUGGAGAUGCUAGAGCGCAAAUAUGGUGGACGAUUCAUAACUCGACAUGCAGCUCGAACCAUUCAGACGGCGUUCCGCCAGUAUCAGAUGAACAAGAACUUUGAACGUCUCAGGAGUUCUAUGUCAGAGAACCGUAUGUCCAGACGCAUUGUACUUUCUAACAUGAGGAUGCAGCUCUCAUUUGAGGGCCCCGAAAAAGUCCACAGCUCAUACUUCGAGGGGAGGCAGGUGUCCAUGACGGAGGACGGCACCCCGCUGUCCAUGGUGCAGUCUGAAUGCGGAGAUAUAGAGGUUCACCAGCAGGCCAACAUGGCACACCCUCCACCGCAGGGUGACCUUACAGAUGCCAUCACAGAGCUGGAGGACGCCUUUUCAAGACAAGUCAAGUCUCUGGCUGAGUCGAUAGAUGAUGCUCUGAACUGUCGCAGCCUUCAGGGGGAUGAGGGUCCUGACCCAGAGGCUAUCGGCUGCUCCGAGAGACAGGGGGAUGUGCAGUAUCAGGUGAAGUCCCACCAUAGGGCAGCUGGACGGAUGCGCGAUGAAACGAUGGCGUCUUAUAGCGAUGUUACUCUGUUCAUCGAUGAGGAGGACAUGUCCCCUUCUAUUGCCUUGUCCAGGUCAGGGGACCAGCCCUCUAGCACAGAGUCAGACUUACGGUUGCGGUCAGUUAACUCCUCCCAAGAAUACUGGCCUAUUGACCCCAAAGAUGAGGGUCGUGACACAGACACAAGCUGCCGCAGCACUCCUUCUCUAGAGUGCCAAGAGCAGCGUCUUAGAAUGGACCAUCUUCCUCUGUUGACCAUAGAACCUCCUAGCGAUAGCUCCGCAGAGCUCAGCGACCGGUCAGAGCGGAGCACUGUCAAACGGCCACCUGUGUAUGAACCUCACGGCCACAUUGUAACAUCGUCCCAAGCAAGCCCCAAACACAUUUCCCAUGGGCCCCCACCACGGGCUCCCUCCCGUGACGACGACGCGCCUCUUCGCCACCGCCACAGACAGUUAGAAAGCCACUUAGCUAUCAACGGCUCAGCUAACAGACAGAGCAAGUCAGAGUCCGAUUUCUCCGAUGGGGACAAUGACAGCAUCAAUAGCACAUCAAACUCAAAUGACACCAUUAACUGCAGCUCUGAGUCCUCAUCAAGAGACAGCCUGCGAGAGCAGACCCUAAGUAAGCAGACCUACCACAAAGAGACUCGCAACAGCUGGGAUUCGCCCAUAUUCAGCAAUGAUGUUAUCCGCAAGCGACACUACCGCAUUGGCCUGAAUCUCUUCAACAAGAAGCCAGAAAAGGGCAUUCAGUAUCUUACUGAGAGAGGAUUCAUCCCUGACACGCCAGUCGGAGUGGCCCACUUCCUGCUGCAGAGAAAGGGGCUAAGCAGGCAGAUGAUUGGAGAAUUUCUUGGCAAUCGACAGAAGCAGUUCAACAGAGAUGUCUUGGACUGUGUGGUAGACGAAAUGGACUUCCAGGGCAUGGAGCUCGACGAAGCCCUCAGGAAAUUUCAGAACCACAUCCGCGUCCAGGGUGAAGCGCAGAAGGUGGAGCGGCUCAUUGAGGCUUUCAGCCAGCGCUACUGCAUCUGUAACCCCACAGUAGUGCGGCAGUUUAGGAACCCUGACACCAUCUUCAUCCUAGCCUUUGCAAUCAUCCUCCUCAACACUGACAUGUACAGCCCCAACGUCAAGCCAGAGAGGAAGAUGAAGCUGGAGGACUUUAUCAAGAACUUAAGAGGUGUGGAUGAUGGAGAGGACAUACCCCGGGAGACUCUGGUCGGCAUAUACGAGAGGAUUCGUAAACGAGAGCUCAAAACCAACGAAGACCACGUCUCGCAGGUGCAGAAGGUUGAGAAGCUCAUUGUGGGAAAGAAACCAAUUGGAUCCCUCCACCAUGGCCUGGGAUGUGUGUUAUCGCUGCCGCAUCGUAGACUGGUGUGUUACUGCCGUCUGUUUGAAGUGCCAGAUCCAAACAAGCUCCAGAAGCUAGGCCUGCAUCAGCGGGAGAUCUUCCUGUUCAACGACCUCCUGGUGGUAACCAAGAUUUUCCAGAAAAAGAAGAAUUCUGUGACGUACAGCUUCAGACAGUCCUUCUCUCUAUAUGGGAUGCAAGUCAUGCUGUUUGAAAAUCAGUAUUAUCCAAAUGGAAUCAGACUUACAUCAGCGAUACCAGGUGCAGACAUCAAAGUGCUUAUCAACUUUAAUGCGCCCAACCCCCAGGACCGCAAGAAGUUUACAGAUGACCUACGAGAGUCCAUUGCUGAGGUCCAGGAAAUGGAGAAAUACAGAAUAGAGUCUGAGCUGGAGAAGCAGAAGGGGGUAGUGAGGCCCAGCAUGUCGCAGAGCUCUGGCCUGAAGAAGGAAGCAGGCAACGGGAACAUGAACCGGGCCAGUCUGGAUGAUAGCUACGCCAUGGGUGAGGGCCUGAAGAGGAGCGCCCUCAGCAGCUCCCUUAGAGAUCUCUCCGAAGCAGGCAAGCGUGGGCGUCGCAGCAGUGCAGGAUCACUAGACAGCAAUGUGGAAGGGUCCAUCAUUAGCAGUCCACACACACGAAGGAGAGCCAACACGCCUCGUGAGAGCGUGCCCCGCGGCCAUCCGUCCAUCCCCAACUCAGCAUCGACUUCCAUCCUCGGGUCGCUCUUUGGCAGCAAGCGAGGGAAACCGCCGUCUCAGAGCCACCCUCCUUUCCCCCAACCUGGUCACCCCACUCUCAUAUCGCACAAGCCCCACCCGACCAACCUGCAUCACACGGCGCAGGUGGUGCACACAGUGCAGACCCAACACCACGGCCACCAUCCCCAGUACUGCCCGCAGAAUCCCCCGCCUUACCACCACCACCACCACUACCACCCCCCACCUCACACGCAGUACCACCAGCACCCAGCCUACUCCUCACAUGCACACCAACACGGCCAUUCGCAGCACGGCCAUUACAGCCAGCAUUCCCACCACACCUCGCACUCGCAGCACUCUCACCACCACAGUCAGCAAGUGGGUUCGGCGCCUGGCGGACCCAAACCCAAACACAGUGGCAUCAGCACCGUAGUGUGAUGCUCCUAACUCAGAGAGGAGAAGCAAGGAGGGAACUUAUUGAAGAAGGGACAUUUGCUUACACCAAAGGGACUGACAGCAUAACUCUAUGGCCUGUCCACUGUGUUUCUGCUGCUGUGAUGGAAACCAAUCACAUGCAGCCACCUUUUUUCACUUCCAGGUCCAAUAAAUAUAUGCAGGAUGGAUAUUGGACUCAAAUCUUCCACUAAGGGCCUUUACUAGUUUGCCUGAUCAGGGACUUUGGUCCCAUCGGGGUUUUGGGUGUGCUGGGUAUGGGUGGGGUUCUGCACAGGAAGAUGCUCUUUGUUUUCUACAAACACCACCCGGCCGUGACAGCUGAGGAGAAAAUAGGCUUUCUCACCAAGGUUCUCCCUGCUGCUCCAUUCCCUCUAUAACCUGUCUUACCUUCACGUAACCACGGGGAAAAGAUGGCCUGAGACAAAAACUCAGCUGACUGUUUUCUCUGUCGCAAUGACAUAAUUUGUCAUGCUCAGCCUUUAGGAAGUCAGUUUUUCAAAUCUUUGGUUUUGCGGAUCCCAACAUCAUCUGAAUGCUAUUUGUUGUUGCCUCCUGUAGAGCUCAUAUGUAGUGAAAAACCUAGAUGACUAAAUUAAAUCAAAGGACAGGUGAAGAACUUGACUGAGUCAGUCAUAGUAGUUCUAGUGCUGUAUUUACUGUAGAUGACAGCUAUAUGUGUUGUCUCCUAGCUCUCAUAAAUAAAUGUGCCAAUUAUUAAUGCAUAAUCUAUUUAGUCAAGACUUCAUGUACAGUAUAUUGUGUGUAAAGUAAUUUGUAAGAUUAUACUUACAAUUAUUAUCAGCAAAAAUGAACUUUAUCAGUAUUAUACUGACUCUAUGGUAACAGGAUGUAGAUCUGAAAGGAGUGAACUCCCAUUUAGUCCGGCCGUUAAUCUAUUCUGGAAUUUCUGCCUUUCCAAAUGGAUUAGAAAGAGUCUCUGGAUGGCAGCUGUUGCAUAUGGGCCUCAAAAUGCUGUGUAGUCACAGCUGAAGCCUCAAAGCAGACUUCACUUGUCAACUUUAGGAGCCGAUAAAGUAGGUCGUUCGUUAGCUCUGCUUCCUUCUAAUAUUGUGGCUGCAUAAGACGUAACGUAGUGAAGAAUAACAGCGAAAAGGGCAUUUCCAAUGCCACGUGGCUCUGUUUCUGUUACAAAAGCAAAGUGCUGGACAUGUUAAGUCUGUUGCCUUUAACAUGUGCAACAUCUGCCUCCUUGACUCUCAAAAUCAGAAACAUUUCUUAGCUCUUCUUUUUGCCUUGUUUAGAAUAUUUUUUUAUUCACCAAGAUUCGGUGAGUGAAUAAAAUCAGUUCUUACAUAGUGAAGUAUUUUUUCAUCUUUUUUUCUAUUAUAUGUGCAAUAUCUUUGUACUGAUUUUGUACAUUAAGAACAAGCAAGGUGUCCCUCCUAUCUGUGCAUUUUUCGUGUCGCGUCAUUAUUUAUUUAUUUCGGUUUUUUGACCCCUGUCAAGAGUCUUUUCUCAGUAAAUUAAUGUCUGGCUGUCCUCACGGUCUCAUUAGAGGUACAGACUUGGAGUUCAGUGGAAUGUCAAGUAAGUGAUAAUUUUGCAUGUAAUGUUGUUGAUGUGAGGCUAUCCUCUGCACAUUGUAUAACAAGUCAGUGUUACCAUAGCAAGUUUAAGUGCAAUCAUGUUCAGAAAAUGCAGACUUGUACUGAAAGUGGAGGUCUCUUAUCUUGUUGUCCAGGAACAAGAUUCAGGUGAAAAAAGAAAAAUCUUUUUUUUUUUUUCAUUCAAAAAAAAAAAAAAAAAAAAAAUAUAUAUAUAUAUAUAUAUAUAAUACUUACACAGUUCACAGUGGAAAGAAGAAUGUGUGUAUAUAUUUUAAUAAAAGGGAAUAUACUUCUCCUUGGGCUGAACAGAAAUAUUUUGCUGGAUAAGCACAUUUGAAAGAACACUUUCAUUUUUUUCAGGAAAUGCAGUUACAAUAUACAAAAAUGCAAACUGAAGAAACAAACUGGGUAUAUGUAAAGAAUAACUUUCUACAUUCUACAAAUAAAAGUCUAUUCUAGUGUGUAAAUUAGUGACAGUAAACUGUUUGUCCCGAUAUUCAGGUUGUAAAUGUAUUUUAACAUUCACGAAGAAAAACCAUCGCCAUAAGUCAGGCUUAUUCUCACACGUUUGUACUCAUGUGAAUUAAGACGGACAUAUCACAUACUGGACAUUAAUGAUCAGCUGAAUGUGUCGCUCCACUGAUAUCAUAUCUUUGCUAUAACUCUGAUAUCUUGGGAUGAUUUGAAACUGUUUAAUCUGUUUAUUUUUUGGUGUGUGCUGGAGUUCUUCAAAUGUCUACAGUCAUUCUUUGCGAGAAAGUACCCCGGCAAUGCACUGCAUGGAUCUGAUGCAUCAUGUGUCCUAUUCACUGUGAGCUAAUGGGGGGAGACAAAAAAAAAAAAAAAGUUGGCCUAUGAAUUUUGACUUCUCCUUUGGUUUUGAUUAGGUUGGAAUUUUCAGAUGUUGAUGUGUUCUUGUUGUUCCAUGUUAGCCUGGUAGUUACUAAAGCUCAGCAUGCAUUUCAUCAACAAAGCCAUUGUGUAAAUUAUAAACAUGAAGAACAUUGCACUUCCUUCGCUGAGGGCUUUCAUUGUGUAAAUAUGGGAUUUUGAUGUGCAAACUGAUGAGCUGCUUGGCUUAGAGGGUUUAUCUUUAUGAAGCUGUUAAGGGACCAAGACUGGGGCUUAAAGGAGAUGUACAUAAUGUGUAUAUGAUCAGUACUCUAUUCUCAAGUUAAGAUCAGGAUGUAUAUACAUCACCUCAUGGAUGGAUAUGAGGGGUGAUAUAUGAACAUAUCGACUGUCUCUGCCUCCAGCAGUGGUGAACUGACAUUUGCUGUAGAAAUCAAAAACAGACUGUUAGGAAGUUUCCUGCCAUUUACAUCCAGCUCUCUUUCCAUACGUACAACCCAGCGUACACACAGACAGAUGACACACAUCCUGCUGCAAGCUGUUCAGUCUGGCGUGAGACACAUUUUAAAAAAAGGAGGAGAGAGGAAUGGCCUCAUUUAUAUGUGCAUUCUGUUUGUACAGUGAGUAGUGAGUCAGUAAGACCCCAGUUAUUGUAAAACUUCAACUGUGACAAUGUUGAACGCAAAAUAAACAAAUAUAUGACUUAUGGUA